AUGAAUGAAGCUAAACAGGAAUCCAAGGUACCGGCUGUGAUACCGUCCUUGUUGAAGAAUUGGAUACUGCAUAUAGUGUAUGCUACACUGGACCAUAUACCUCCGUUUGUGUGGGAAAUUCUACACGUCAUCACUGACAUUUAUUUCUUUUGGAUUCAAAAGCUGAUUACCUAUAUCAGACCGCGCUCGAGAGUUAUUUAUUAUAAUGCUAUCAAAAAACUGGACGAAUGUGAUACGUAUCAAAUGUGGUGUCAGCAAGCGUCUGUAGUGGAUGAAAUAACAGGUGCGAAUCUAUGGCGACGGAAUUUCUUUUCGAGGAGGUACGACUUCAACUCCGUCAUCGAACAGUACACGAUACUGGAAAAUACCUUAAGGGACGAGAAGUACGAUGUAGUCAAGGAAAAGUUCUCGACCACGGGACCUUGCAUGUUGAGGAAUUUCGCAGGAAUUGGAGAUAAGAAGUUGUUCACGAAAUCCUUAAUGGGCACGAAAUUGCUCAUUGAACAAUAUUUGACUCGGAUACUCGAAGGCUUGGACAUAUUGAAUAAUGAAACUUUGACGCCAACGUCUUUUUUUCAACGGUGUAAAUUGUCAUUAGGUACUACAGCCUUAAUUUUGCAAGGUGGUUCGUUAUUUGGGUUGUUUCACUUGGGGGUGAUCAAGGGUUUAUUACUACAGGAUCUGAUGCCUAAUAUCAUAAGCGGUAGUUCCAUGGGUGCGUGUGUCGCAAGUUUGUUUGGCUGCCUGUCCAACGAUCAGCUGAAGCAGUUAUUGAUGGAUGACAACCUCAUAAAUAUCAUCAAGAAUGAUGUAGAUUUAUUGAAAAGCUGUGGAUAUGGUAACUUAGAACAGCAUUUAAAUCUAGGAACACUGAUUCAGAACCUGAUACAUCAUGGUUACUCUCAAGAUGUUUACCUUUUUAUCCGGUUUGUUAUGAAGUAUAUAGUUAAGGAGAAAACGUUUGAAGAGGUCUACCAAAUCACUGGAAAAGUAUUUAAUAUUGUCAUUCAUCCAACGGAUAAAUCAUGUCCUAAUUUACUAAAUUACGUUACGACGCCAAACGUGCUAAUCAAGUCUGCAAUUGAAUGUUCACUUGGUUCGGGUGUAAUUUCACAGGAUACAUCGUUGUUAUGUAAAAAUUUGGAAAAUGAAAUCGAACCAUUUCUCAACAUCAAUAAGGACAAACAAGUUAAAUUUUUGACCCCAGAAAACGCUACCAAUCCGAGUAUAACGGAAAGCCCUUAUACUAGGCUAACGGAAUUGUUCAACGUUAAUAAUUUCAUUGUUUCUUUGGCAAGACCAUACUUGGCACCAUUGGUGGUGAAUGACUUGAAGCACGAAAUCAAGACGUCAAAGUAUUACUAUUACAAGCAUUAUCCGAACAUGCCUCCUAUAAAUGCCAAUACGGUAGGUAGAACACACAGACCCUUGUCGCAAUCGCCGGCAAAGGCAUUAACUGUCGAAGAGAUAGAAACAGAGCCCAUGAUGAGCCCCGUACCGCCAAGUUCGGCGGCAGCUAAUGAUUCAGCAGAAUAUAUAAUCCCAGAAUUGGGCAUACCGCAGCUGAAUUUUACUGAAAUGGAACCGUUGGCGUUCAAGUUCAAAUAUCACUUGGAGAGAAAAUUGAAGAAUAUUGCUACCAUGGAAUUUAGACAUAGGAUGGAGGUGUUGGACAAUUUAGGAUUAUUAUGUUCCAUGAUAAAAAGGCUGAUUAUUGAUGAGAAAACUCCCAGAUCGGCUACCGAGAUUGCCGUGGUUCCUAGAAUGAAAAGUUUGUCAUUAACAAGGAUUAUUGAAGGUCAGUUGGAUAAUAUUCCAUAUUGGAUAAAAUCUGGUGAACGAAGUACAUGGCCUGCACUAGCUUUGAUAAAGACAAGGUGUGCAGUCGAAUUUAAACUGGAUGACAUAAUAAGGAUAAGAAGGAGUAGAUGA